AUGCCAGCCCGCAGUGACACCAGCCCAUACCCUCGUGACGGCUAUCUCAACCUGACCCGCCGCAUGGACAACGAGGACGAGGACCAGUUUGACGUGGACCUGACAAUCCUCGACUUUCUCGUCUUCAAGGCCAUCAGCCUGGUGUUUGAGUGGAAGUCGAGCCGUGACCCCUACCAUUCCGAUCUGCCGAACGCAUUGGUCAACAUGACAGCCGACUGGAGAAGCUUCCUCGCCCACAGGCACCAGGGCCGCCGUCUGGAUCUCAAGGCCUCGUUUCGCUCACGCCUACUGCAGUUCGCCUUGCUCUUCACCCACCGCCUGCACCACGACGAGACAUGGACCACAGAGGCCUCGCUAAACAGCCUGCGAGAACAGAACAAGAGCCGGGGUGAGUACUGGCGCCAGCGGACCCGCCACCAGCCUGCACUCCAGCAGCCAUUCGAUGCCCAGAAAGACUUUCCCCUAUCCGAUGGUGCCCUCUACGAAAACCGCUGCGAACUGGCCUCUUCGUUAAGAAUGCCCUUGGACCAGCGGAGAUGGGUCACCGAUGUCGCCGGCACGCCCUCUUUGCACUGCCUGCUCCCCGUCUUCAUCGAGCUCACGGCUGCACGCGUCCAUCUCGACGAUGAUUGGGUGCCCACAAGCGAGUGGUACAACCUAGCAGCCCAGUUCAUGCUCCAAGCCGUCAUUGGCGAGUACCUCCGCAACGGCGCCUACGGUGAAGAGACAUUCAACACAAUCUUCUCCUACGGCUGUCCGGGUGUCGAGCGCUGGGCCGAAGAACCCGCAGACGUACCUGCCAUGCGAACAUUGUUCUGCGACCAAAACAAUCCGCGCCAAGAGAACCCUGAAUGGUCUAGCGUCAAGCGCCGCUACAUCCGCGAGCUUCUGCCUCAGCACCGUUCCCAGUCAAGUCUGCAGGCCAUCGAAGCUGCCCAGCAGCGACAUCCCUAUGCUGCUUUUGAAGAGUCAUUACUUUCUUUUCUCAGAUAUCUUCACGAUGGCCUAGUCAAGCCUGAUCUGGCCCAAGUCGAAGAGGGCCGCAUCAACAUCGACGGCAGUGAGCUCUCGGAAGCAGAGUCAAGAGCCAUGAUUCAACGCAUGGGUCUGUGA